ACUGGGACUUUCAGCUGAGCUUUGACAAAACACUGUCAUUGUGCUCUUUGUUGCUUGGGGGAAAUGUUGGAUAAGAUCUUGUUCCUACUUUGUUUGGCGGCUGCUCUGGCGGACCAGCGCUGUAUGCCAGGGGCUCCACAAGGCUUCCAUGUUCGUCUCAGCAUCAAAACUGCUCUUGGAGAUGAAGCUUACGUCUGGAAUGAAAAUGAAAUGUUCCUUUUCCGAGCGUCUCUGGCUUUUGCCAUGAGGAAUCACAUGGGAGGACAGCAGUUUGAAGUGUCAAACAUCAUCGUGUGCAAUGAGACCGAGAGAGUUUCCUUCUGGUUCGUCGUGACGUCGCCGUUGGACACUUCACAGCUUAUUGAUCAAGAAAACGUGGAGGUUGCCGUGAGAAAGUCCAGGAAUCGCAUCAACGGCGCCUUCCUGCUGAAUGAUAAGACUCUGGAGUUCAUCGGCAUCCUUCCCACCCUGGCAGCACCGUUCAUCCCUGCCACCCCUCCGUGGCUCAUUGCUUUCGGGGUGGUCAUGGGUGCCGUUGGCGCUGGCAUCAUCAUCAUGCUCGUUUCCUCUGUGGUUCAAAGGAAACGCAAGGCGAAUGAGAAAACACGUGACGAGGACAAUGAUGAAGAGACUCGAGUGAAAACGGUGGAAAACGGCGCUGCACGUGACGGUGUUUACAACAUGUCAUUCUCAGAAGAUGAACGAUUCACAGAAAUGUAAACCACUCCUAACACCAACACUUCCUUGUAAGCAAUAUAGUGAGGGAAAAAGUUAUCAAGCAGCUCCAUGUGGAAUUUUGUUGCACUGUAAUGUUUAGAUCUGUGUGCGAAAUCAUGUGAUUUUAGUUACAGAUACUAAUUUAAAGAAUUUAUGAUUUAAUAAGUCAAUGAUUUUAUUUUAGAGGUCAUCUGCUGAACAUUUCAAUACCGCCAUGACGAUCUGCCUUUAAAAAGAAACCAAUUCCUGUCAUUUUUUGAAGCCGCUAUUUUCAUUUCACAAAUAAAUGUGAACGCUUCUGGUGUUGAGAGACGGGAACUAAAGAUCUCUGUGUGACAGGGCAAGUGUGUGGAUAUUUUGCGCUCUUUCAAAGGAAAUCCGGUAACUUUGCUAACCAUUUACAAGCAAGAAAGACGAUAACCUUGCAGCCUGCUAUUGUGUAUUUCAUAAAAUGCUGUGUCAGAAUACUCACAGAUUUCCUUAUCUGUACUCAGUGUUGGUGCAAACUUCUAGAAAUACGUCUGAACAAAGGUGAAACAGCGGUCACCUUAAAGUGCAAUGCUCUACUGCCUCCUGCCGUCCAUUUGGGGUGAAGUGACAGGUCAUUUCCCCCUACACUGGUUUCACAUGAAUUGUCCUUUUUUCACAGAUGUUUAAAGAAACACGUCACAUGUUCCCAGGCAGCAAUUUAGUUUAGUGUUACCGACUGUUUAUCCCUUUAUGAUCCCAUGAAUUGAAGUCAGGUAUUAGUUUUGACUCAUUUAACUAAAAAGUGAUUUCUUCUCUUUGUUAUUAAAAAAAAUGGAACUGGA